AUGCCACACCAAUCAACUCCCGAACCACCCAACAUAUCCGCCGUUCGACAAGGCAACUUCGGUGAGCCCGCUGCAAGGAACAAAUGGAACCCAGGCAGCGUCGCUGGCAACCCACUUCAUGCCGUACCCUCGUCGCCCGAGCGAGCUCAUAGACACCGAAACCGAUCAAUUUACGCCCAAGCGCUUGUUCUCUUCAACGUCCUCGGUAUUCCUCUCUCAUCAGCUUCAAGGCUAGAACACGAUUUCACCAGCGUAUUUCCCACCAAGUCGCUUGCUUCCCUCGCUGUGGUCAUCGGCCUGCAAAUCUUCAUAUUGCUCGCCUCACCGCUGCCUGUCGGCCAUCUCUACAACGCGCUAGCAAAUCGGAAACACGGAUAUCGGUGGUCGAGUUGGGGUUGGAAACUACUCUUCGGCGUAGCCAUCGUUGUAGCAACUACCUCUGAGUUUCUCAGCUACACGGUUCAGAAGAACUACAUUGUUAUUCUACUCGUACGUGGACUAGUUCUAGGAGGAGCACUAGGGACAUGUUUUACGAUCAGUACGUUGGUCCUUGCAAGUCAUUACCGGAACGAUGUACCCUUGGUUUCUGUACAGUCGGGUUUUGCCGCGUUUGCUGGCGCGGUUGUGUAUACGGUCAUCGCACGCUUUGCUUUCCAAGAUGCUGGUCUUGGCGGCGUCAACAGCGGCGGCGGGCUGGCGUAUGUGUACAAUGGAGGCGUCAUGGGCGCUACACUACUUUCUGCGUUCCUGCUCCUAGUAGGACUGAAGCCUGAGGAUGAGGAACUUUGGACGCAGAGGUAUAGACUCCAUCUUUGUAUGCCAAAGGGGUUUCUUGAAGACGCAAGAGGGGGUGGGAUGUGGUUCAUACUGGGCUAUGUCCUUGUUUUUGCGGGCGUGUUGGUAUAUCCGGUCUUCAACGUCGUUUUAGUGACGCAGGUGCCUGGGCUUUUCUUUCCCGAUACGGCGGCGUAUGGGAUACUCGGUAUGCUGGGUGUUGCGGCUGUUUCGGGAUCGGUGGUGGCAAACUUGAGGAGUUUGAAAAAGGUUGGAGCUGUCAAUAUUUUUGUCGCUGCUUCGGUACUCGCUGGUGCGAUUUGCCUUACACCAGUGCUGUAUCCGCGGCUCCACGUUGUUGUUCUACUUGCUGGAGCAUAUGGUGUCGCGCUUGGUGCGGUACUGUCUCUCCAUAUGAUUGUUGUGGCGAUGUUUCUCAGCAAGAAAGUGGAGGGGAAGUGGGAGGAUGAUAUGCCUGCGCGUGUGGCUAUCAUCAUGGCGCUGGCUGGACUGGGUGCCUUUGGUGGUGUUGUUGGAGCGGCAGCGUUGCUUGAAGGAAACAAGAACGGAGAGAAGGUUGUGAUCAAGGUAGCAGGUGCUUGUAUGAUCGGUGGUGGUGUGUUGAUUGGUUUUGCGAGGAUGUGGCGGUGGAGGUGGAAAGCCGCGUUCUAUGCUGUGUAG